GCAUCACGUCCCCCCCUUCUCUCCCCUUUUCUCUUCAUUCCUUGUGACCGUCGUCAUCGCUUUGUCAACGAGGUCGAAGGGGGAAAGAGCCUCCUCUCACUCAACCGUUGUUUAACUAAGUCAGCCCCCCCCUGAUUCGAUCAUAUUUCUCUCCUUAAUCUUUUCUGGGCUCUCUUCGAUUUCAUCUCAGUCAGCUGCGGUGCCACUUCGAACUCGCAUUCAGCAAUUCGAACCAAUACGGUAGAUGGUUGCCGACUCUGCUUCUGCCUCACCUGGAACCCGCUUUACUGCAGAAAAUACGACCACCACUCCCGCAGCGCAAUAGAACAGAGGAGAGGGGAGGAAAAAUUGGAAGGACCUCACCGCAGCACGGCCCGGGACUGGAAGAACCGCCGCUCUCUUCCCCGGCCACCGCUGCCGCCUUCGAGCGAGUUCUCGGAUCACGGACUGCUCAUUACGUUCCUGCCCUCCAAGUUCUUGCGGCCCUCCCACAAGUACCAAAGGUUCUUGAAAUUAACCUCUUUUUUUUUUCUUCCGCCCUUUCAGGAUCUCACCUCUAACGGACCGCGUGUGCUUUUCCUAAGCUCCUCCUACUCACCCCCCCGUGUGGACUUCUUUGUUCUCUGCCCACCACCCGUUCUUUUGCAGCGCCUCUCUCCUUUCGCCUUUAACGCCUACUGUGCCUGGUCUGAUUUUUCUUUGCUUCUUUUGAUUUUCCUUCUUCGGAACAAAACCCUAUCACAAACCUCUGCCCCAGACAACCAGGUUAAUCUCACUGCAGACAAAGGUCACGAAUCUCGGGUCUCCGCAGUGUGAAGCCCACCUACGGUUCACACAUCUUACAAAUAUAUUUCUUCUUUUCGAUCUGACCUCUUGCGGCGGUGCCGAAAAGGGAAAUACAAAGCAGAAUCAAGACGGAAAAGCAUAAGUUAGAAAGACCAGCAAAUCAUUUUUUUUUAAAAAAAAAAGGAGAAACUCUCCGUACCCAAUACAGGUAGCCAACAAUUGUCUGGUGACUAUCUCGACAUAAAUAUAUAUAUUUUUACGAGAAACGAUUAUUAUUAGCUAUACAAGCUGGCGGUUUCAAGUACCGACGACGGUUCUCCCGCUUUCCAGAUCAUCGUGCUAGUGAGUAAUCUUCAAAAUCUUGUCCUUCGUCCUGUAUGGAUCUGUAAGUCUUUUCAUCCAACAUCAAUUCUAACUGUAGCCGUCACCGGGUAUCUGCAGGGAUCUGCGGGAGGCCCAAGCGAGGGAAACGUCUCUGGAUACCUUAUUCGAUCUACUGCAACAGCCUGGGCUAAAGGCUCAAUACUGGCUGUGGAUGCGGGGACCCAUAUGGCUGGGAUCAUACGGAUUCUUGAAGAGCAUUCCUCCCGGUCAUCCCCUAUGGAGGAGCCCAUUGCGUCGGUCUCCGAGAAUGCUUCUGGAAAUAGGUCGAUAACGAAGAGGCCAUUCCCCUUUUGUGGGGCAAACCUCCCAUAUGAUACACCCCGUGGUAAUGCAGCAUAUGUCACUCGAGAACUUGUCUCCACCUACUUGAUAACUCAUCCGCAUUUGGACCAUCUUUCCGGAUUUGUUAUCAACACGGCCUGCUUCACUCAAACGGAGUGUCCGAAGCGUUUAGCUGCUCUCCCUUCGACCAUAGAAGCUAUCAAAACUCAUAUAUUCAAUGAUAUCAUUUGGCCGAAUUUAUCGGAUGAGGAGUGCGGCGUUGGCUUGGUCACUUACCAGCGUUUACCGGAGGCUGCUUUGGAGUACGUGGAGGUUUGCAACGGCUUGAGCGCCCAGGCGUGGCCAGUUUCUCAUGGACACUGUAUGAAGAGUCACUAUCACCGGGGGAGCCAGACUUAUCAGGGAAAGGAUGGUGCGACAACGGAUAGGGGCCCAGGUGGUUCUCGAAAGAGGAUGUGUGUUUACGAUUCGACAGUCUACUUCAUUCGAGAUGACGCGACACAGAGGGAGGUGAUGAUGUGGGGAGACGUUGAGCCCGGUCUGUUUCCUUCGCCCGUGGGGAUUUGCGGCGCUCUGUUUGCUCUGCGACUCCCACCAGCCUGUUCUAUUUUCUAAUGUUUGCUUCAUGCCAUAGAUUCGAUAUCGUUGUCGCCAAGGAACCACCCUGCUUGGAGCCAUGCAGCUGCAAAGUUCCAUCAAGGAGUACUAAACACCAUUUUCAUUGAGUGCAGCUACGGUUGUAAUCAGCCCGAUGAGGCCCUCUAUGGGCAUCUAUCUCCACCGCACCUGAUGGAUGAAAUGAGGUCUUUGGCAAGAAUAGUUGUGAGCCUGAGGAGAGCGGAUGAGAUCGAAAAGCGGGGGAGACUGAAGCGAAAGCGGAUGAGCUAUGGUUACCACAAUGAUGACCCGGAAAUCAUGGCGCGGAGGAUUGAAAAUCCGAAUGCCCCACCAAAGAUCCUGGAGGAAUCACGACAUUUCCAUGGACCUAACGCUCAAGAGGAUGAAGUAAAUGGAACCCGUGGGAACAACCGCUGGAACAAAAAUCACUUGGAGGUUGAUUCUAGGAAUACCUUCGAUAGAUUUUCUCCGGAAAUUUCACCUAGGGCUGUGGAUCCUAAAGCUGUUGACUUUUUCGACACGAUAGAUUUGGCUGUGGGCCAGCGCACGCCUGAGGAAAGGGCUCCCCAAGGGGGCGUGAGGGAUGAAACAUCCGAUUUAGGACCUACUCCGCUUCGGGGUUUACACUUGGUUAUCACGCACGUCAAGGAUACCCUAUUAGACGAUGUCGAUGUCCCUGAGGAUAUUCUCCGGAGCAUCCGAGGGCUUGAGGCCGUUCAACAGCUCGGCGUCACUUUUUCUUUGAGCGAGCAGGGCAGGUCUUUGUAUUUUUAGGCCCGCGGAGCAAGAGAUUGUCUCUGUUUUUCGUGGAAAAUGGCGCUUGUGAUGGCCGUAUUGAUUUUGAAUGUGCAUUCUUGGUGUUUGCUGGUUGGGUUGCAUUUUUUACGGGUUCCGGCCUAAGCGUGGCUUUUCAUUUCUAUCCCUGGGUUUAGCGGGCUGUUUGUACUUGAUGGCCUUUUUUCCCCUCCCUCUUUUCUACUGGUCCCAAAUGGCGUUGCUUUACGGUAUGGCUUUUUUCUUUUUUCUUCUUCUCCUCCCCCUUAAAGGCUUGCAGAUGAUACCAGGUUUGCUCUUCUUUUCUUUCCCAUCAUUUGGAAUUUCCCCCGUUUUCGCUCUCCUUGGGUCAUGCAUUUGUGGGUCAUUUCUUGUUGAAAACUUUGUUCUUGUUCAUGAGACGUUAGUGAUUUUCCCGUUCUUAUCGGACUCGGGUUGGGGCGAGAGGCCAAGACCCUGUUUGGCACGCUACAAAAGCUGAGUUCAUUCCACUCAUUCUCAGCAAUUCAACUGGAAAUGCUGGAAAUGCUGAGGGUAAGUGGGAAAAGCCCAGUUUUUGUGGCGUACCAAACAGGGCCUGGAAUACCUUUCUUCAUUCCUUUAUGAUACUUUCUUUCAUAUUCCCCCCCCUCUGCCCACCCCUACUAAUGAUAGAGGGAUUGUAAAAUAAAUGUACAAAAUAGCAAUAUCUCUGAAAUCAUUGAGGAUCACUCGAU